AAAUUGGACUAUGUGCCACAGUGCCAGCUUUAUGGUCAUUUGAGUGAUUCCCUCACACUUGGAAUGGGUUUGUUUAGUUUAAAGCCAUCAUUCCUUCUUCUCUUUUUAUGCUUGGAAAGAAAGAAAAUUGAGACAUCAUAUUUAGUAAUAUAGAGAUAGAGGCUCUUUAGGAGUGAUAAAACAUGUUGGAAGGUAAAGCUGUGAUAGAGGAUACUGACAUGCCAGAUAAGAUGCAGAUCCAAGCCAUGGCAUCCGCUUAUGAAGCUCUGGAUCUCUAUGAUGUUUUUGAUUGCACAUCCAUUGCUGCCCACAUAAAAAAGGAGUUUGAUACAAAGUAUGGUUCUGGAUGGCAGUGUGUGGUGGGAUCAAGUUUUGGGUGUUUUUUCACCCAUUCCAAGGGAACAUUCGUCUACUUUACUCUGGAGACUCUCAAUUUCCUCAUCUUCAAAGGGGCUUCUUAUCUUAUCUAAUCGUUAUCGAGUAUCCCCGGGUUAUGUCUGGCUGUAAAUAAAGUUCCACUAGGGGCAAUGGAUGAAAAACAGUUGAUGAAUGCUGGUAUUCGUGGGAACAAAAUAUGAGCAGUGAUUCCUGAGUCUUUAUGAAUUGGACCCUUUUAAAGUUUUGAAGGGUCCUUUGUUAUGUGAUCGGUGCUCAUUUUGAUUUUGUAUAUAUGAUAAAUAUUUUUUGCUUACAAUGUCUAUGAUAAAGUUCCUCUUCAGUUCUUAUUCUGUUUCGGAUAAGGCUCCCUUAAAAUUAUCUGAAUAUUCUGGAUUA